GAAGAUAAAUGAGCAGAAGAAGAAUAAGGAGGACGCACCGUUUCCGAACUGGUCUGUCGGAGUUGUCGUGAUGGAAGUCCUCUGUGGACUUACACUUUCUGUUCUAUUUACAAUUUUAUUUUUGAUUAUCCGGCUGUAUAUUACUGUGAAAAAUGGACCUAAACAUCAACCUGGAACCACAGGCUCUGUCUCUGUUCUCGUCGUUGCUGGAUCUGGUAAUAUCAGUGACAUCUUUGUAAUCACAGGAACUUUAUUUUGUUUUUCUGGUCUGUACAGUUUAAACACGCAAUAGACGUAAAUUUGAUGAAUUUUGUAUUUGAUUAUGGAGAAUAAGAUGCUGAAUCUGUUUAAUAAAGCUGCAGUUAACAUACUGUUUGUUUUGUUCCAAGAAAGAAUCAACCAAAUAAGAGUAAUAAAUUAAAAAUUGACCGUUUUGCAGUAUCAAAAACUAUUUAACAAGGUGCAGAUGUUAGUAAUGUAAUUGUAGUUCCUGGAGUCUAAAAUUAAUGAAUAGAAUUUACAAUUUGCCAGACUUGCAUGAAACCAAUCUGACAAUCAUCUAGGGUUGAGUCUAACAUGGUUGAUGAUGUCUGCACAUUUCGACAACCUCAUGUCAACCAUAUACUAACAAGAAGUCAAACAUAUUUUCUUCAAAUAGUUGAUAAAAUUUCCCAGUAAGACUGUCACCUCUUUGUGAUUUAUUGCCCUCCAGUCUACUGAUAUAAUUUUAGUAUACAGUACAGGCCAAAAGUUUGGACACACCUUCUCAUUCAAUUAAUUUUCGUUAUUCUCAUUACUAUUUAAAUUGUAGAUUCUCAGUGAAGGCAUCAAAACUAUGAAUGAACACAUGUGGAAUCAUGUGCUUAAGAAAAAAGUGUGAAAUAACUGAAAACAUGUUUUAUAUUUUAGAGUUUUAGUUAUUUCACACUUUUUUUUAAGUACAAAAUUCUACAUGUGUUCAUUCAUAGUUUUGAUGCCUUCAGUGAUAAUCUACAAUGUAAAUAGUCAUAUAAAAAAAUAAAGAAAAGACAUUGAAUGAGAAGGUGUGUCCAAACUUUUGGCCUGUACUGUCUGUAUAUGUGAUAUAUCUGGUUCAAAGUGAAAUAAAUUCUGAAAGAGUUUUCAGAGGUACUUUUAUCAAUUUAAAUUUUAUGCACAUUAUUGAUACUGGCAUUUCUGAUUUCUAAGUUGUUGUCUUAUCACCUUAUUCUCAUUUUCUGUCUGUUGGACAAAAGCACCACAUGCCGAAUUUUAGUGUAUUUUUCUGGUUUACUUUCUUUGGCUAAUGCCACCCUCCUUUCUCUGCUAAAUUAUGUCUUUCUAAAGCUUUCCGACAAUUUCCAUUUAUCAUUUCUAAAGCUAUUUUUUAAAAAAGUUCAUUUCAUUUCCAGUCAUUUGACUCACAUUUUGUUAACAGAUUCUUUUAAAGCAGUGGUUCUCAAGUCCAGUCCUGGAGGCCCACUGUCCUGCAUGUUUUGGAUGUUUCCCUGCUCCAACACACCUGAUUCAAAUGAACAGCUCGUUAUUAAGCCAUUACAGAGCUUAAUAACGAGCUGAUCAUUUGAAUCAGGUGUGUUGGAGCAGGGAAACAUCCAAAACAUGCAGGACAGUGGGCCUCGAGAACUGGACUUGAGAACCACUGCUUUAAAUCGGUAUCAAUCAGUGUUGUGAUCAAUGAUUAUUGAUGAUUGUAUUGUUGGUCUAUUAAAUCAUUGAAUAACUGCUAAAGUCAAUUCUGAAUCUUAGAUCAACAAGGCUGCAGUUUAUUUUUAACCAUAUUUAUUUGAUUUAACAAAUAGUUUCAUUUAAUCCAAUUUAUCAUUCAUGUAGAUAAAUAUAUGAAAGUAGAGUAGGGGGAACGUUUCACUUUACCUUCAAUAACUUGCAGGUCUUUUGUUUGAAUUCUUAUUCCUGAUUAGAUUAUCCUGAUUAGCCCAUCAUGAUUAAACCAAUUUCAUGAAUAUCAAAUUUUGACACUGAAGCUUUUUUAUUUAUCCUAUCAUUUACAAGCUGAUUGUAAGACAGAGCCAGUGCAGACUUGGGGUUGAAGUCUUGAAGGACAUUAUAUCUUAAAAUCGUACAAAGUGCAUGUUUAUGAGUGUCUUAUUAUGUGUUGUUAUAUAGUUUAUCAUAUACAUCUUUGUCUUGUAGGUGGUCACACUUCAGAAAUCCUUCGGCUAAUGGAGAGCCUCUCUGCUGCUUACACACCUCGGCACUAUGUCAUUGCUGACACUGACAGGAUGAGUGAAGAGAAAAUCUGCACCUUUGAGCGCUCAAGACAACAUUCAAACUCAGAACCGCAGGUACAUAACUGUGCAUAAGAAUCAGUGUGAGUAUAGUUGGUAGAAAGAUGUCCCUCCAAGAGUCAAGGAGCUGCAGAAAUGUCCCAGAUAAACUGUUAACUUACAUAUAAGAAUACACGAUUUUUAAGACAUUCCCCUGUUUUCUUUGAAGACGAUUUUCAAGGUAUUAAUAAAAUUGGAAUUAGAUUGUCAGACUGUAGACUACACUGUAGAGAGAGAUUUAUUACAUUUAAUUUAAGGCAGGGGCUUAAACAUAAAGAUGUCAUAUCAGUGCAUGCCAAUCUGGGAAAUUAUUGAAGAGGAUGCCCAGUGCACAGGAAGGUCGCAUCAUAUUGCCUGCUUGUAAAGGACCUCAGUAAACUAAAACAGAUGUAAACAGCUUUGCAGCUGAAUGAUAUCGUUGUGGACCAGCUGACUGCUUUGACAAAACCAACACAUCUUAUCAUACCAUAGGAGAGUAGAUCUGGAGCUACAACCAGAUUUUCAUCAGUGCAGGCCUUGCUGCCAGCUCUAAAACAUACCUCCAUAUCUUUAUUAAACUCAAAAUCAAAAGGCUCAAAUAAGAAUAUCUUUACAAUGAAAUGUAAUCAGUUAUUGAAACCCUGAAGGUGGGGACUCAGAGUGAUGCAAGGGCCCAAGUAACCACAUUGGGUUAGAGCCCCAGCACACUAUCCUGCAAUAUCACUGUGUUAUUCCUGUAGGCAGGAAAACUGUACGUAACUUCUUCAGGUAUGCCCUUGAACCAGCUUUUGAAAAAAUAAAAUAAAAACCUUGCAGGCAAAAUGCCAAUCAAAUGAGGAAGAAACACCAAGACAGAGAUGGAGCCCGAUAAGCCAUGAUCUAACCCGCAUCACUCAAGACCUCAUGACACUUCUAAUCUAACUAAAGAUUUCUGCAAAGAUAAUCUCAGUUUUCCUGGUAAACAGAAGUCAAAGUAAAGUUACUCAUGCUCUUUGUCACGGUGCCUUUAAUGACCUUAUCCGUUGUUCACAGUUUACCAUCUGUCAGAUCCCACGGAGCCGGGAGGUCCAUCAGUCCUGGAGUUCCUCUGUGAUCAGCACUGUGAAUGCCCUGCGGUAUUCCUUACCGCUCGUAUUCAGACUCAGACCUGACAUGGUGAGUGGACUGAGAUACCAGUCAGUUCCUGUCCUCAUACGGUACUUCUUUAGCCUCCAGAAAAUGCUUGCUUUAGUCAUGUGCUAGUCAUGCUGCCCCCCUGUUGUUCUAGUCUAGUUUUAGUCAAGGAGCCCGGAUAGCCUUUUGGAGCUUGUUUAAUUUAUCUUUAUUAAAAAAGAAGUGCGACCCAUCAGACUAUUUCCCAGGAAUUCAAGGGCUCAUGAAGUGGUGUGACAACAACUACCUUGUAGUGAACGUUUAGGAACAGAGGAGAUGUUAUUCGACCCUCAGUGACCUACAAAUAUGUAGGUGUCUUCAUUGACGACUCGCUAUCGUGGAGCACACAUGUUCAAAAACUCUGUUGUAGAUUACAGAAACUUUUACAGAGGGUCAGUGGUGUUGAUAUCAAGUUUAUGUUGAUGGACCCCGACCUUCUGACUCUACCUCUGAGCCACAGCCACCCUUUUGUAUUGUGCAGCUGUGCAAAUCAGCUUUUAUAAAGAACAACCCCCCCAGCUGCUGUGUGUGUGUUUGUUUGGAGAUGACAUGUUGGACUCUUUGUCGCACCUUUCCUGUGUCCAGUACAGUCUGUCGAAGAGAUACAUUUUUGAGUUUUAAUGAGGUUUGGGUUUUAAGAGAGUCACUGCUUCACCUCAUCAUGUAUUCAAAUGUCUUCUUAUUUCAAAUUUAAUCUAACUAGCAGGUUAGUUUUGUCUUGAACAAUUAGCAAUGAAUUUCUAACCACUUAUUAUGACUUCAGAGUCAAGUCAACCCAGUUAUAAAGACAUUGUUUUUCAUGUGGCGUCAGAUGGUUAUGGUUUGAUAGAUGCCUUUGCUGUGUAAACUGUAAGCUGGCAGCUGAGAGUUUUGAUUCUCGACCUGUGAUGGGUCGCUCAGUGUGGCUGUCAAGCAGAACCCUCUGGUUAUUGGCUGUGGUUGUCUGAAACAAAGCAAAGACUCAGUGCCAGUGUAGUCAUGCCCGGAUUGUUCCAGUUCGGCUUAUAACAGCAGUAGAGGCUGAAGAAUAGGAGUAAACGUUCAGCCUCUAGAUACAAAAAUAGAAAUGAGAGAAGCACUAGCCAGUUGGGGUUUUAGUUACACACUUUUGGGUACUGUGCGUUAAUAUCAUACAUAAAUGACUUUGAAAAUGUGUAUAUUAAAAAAACUGCAUCUUUAUUUUAUGGGAUGUCCUUUAUGGGAUGUCCUUCAUUAAGUUGCACACUCCAGGCUCCAUAGAUAAGGCCACAUUAAAGGAUGAAAUGAAGUUAAAAUGGGUAUCCAAUGUUAUAUAUGACCACUCUCACAAGCAGAAACCAAUGUAUUGGUUCAUUUAAACCAUGGUGGAUGUGCAAACAAGUCCAGUUUUCUGAGUGUUUGCUUGAGGCUGCUUUAAACAAAACAAGGAGUCCCUAUUAAGUCUCAUAUUAAAACGCCCAUUUUUACAGCAAAUUUAACAGAUUUACAGCCUGGAUCUAAUAAAAAGUUAUUCAAGAUGUAGCUUGUUUUUAUCUGAAGGAGCUGCAAACAAUUUGAAUGCAUCUGUUUUGAUUUUAUGUUGUACAUAAAUUUGCAUAAUCAGAGGCAGACUUGAUAGGAAAAAGGGGGGUCUGCCUCAGCUUCACUCCUUCGCUUGUGUUUAGGUUGAUUAAAAGUAAUGCUGACUCAGCACUUUCAUGUUCCGCCCUUUUUUUUUUUUAAGUGUAUUUGAGUUACUAUUUGGCAACUAUUUAAAGGACUAUGACUUUUCAGAUCAGCUGUGGAGCUGUGGGCGUGUUUAAACUGUCCUACUUUGUGACUGCAGAGGGGAGGGAGGUGUAGUUUCCACAGUAGUGGGGUGAGAAUAUUAUAGUGCUGUCAUGUCUGCACUGUGGAGUACAUGAUGACUUCUCCAGACUUCUCCAAAGUAGCUCCAUCCAGUUUCCUGUAAUCCCAAACUACCCCAGCCUCCAUUAGCCCUCAGGCCACAUAUCAUCCCAGUCACUGUUGCUGGUAAAUCACACAAAUAACCCCGGUGUCUGAGUUCUUCGGUUUCCUCAGACUAUGUAUUCAAGUACAAUUCUUUGAUUGUUUAGCAGCUGUUGAGAAAUUCCACAUAACUUUGAAAAUCACAUGAUAUCAAGAAGCAGAUCAUUUCCUCUACUAUCCACCAGCUCUGUCCUAACUGUACUGAAAUUUUACAAUGAUACCUUCCUCCCCUUAUACCUGACUGUGGACUUCAGGUAUGAAACGUCAAACAAAAGAGGGAUAUUUCUUUACAUAUUUACUCAAAAUAAUGAUUUUCAGGAUAAAAGAAGUUAACAUUUAGUAUAUUCAAUGGAAUUUCGGGUGUUAAUAAUUCACAAACAUGCUCAUUGUCUCUUCUUCUUUUGUGUUUUUCCAGGUGCUCUGUAAUGGCCCUGGGACCUGUGUUCCUCUCUGUGCCGCUGGACUCCUGCUUGGAAUUCUGGGAAUGAAGAAAGUCCUGAUCGUGUAUGUCGAGAGCAUUUGCCGUGUGCAGACUCUGUCUCUCACGGGAAAGAUCCUGUACCCUGUAUCGGACUAUUUCUUUGUGCAGUGGUCCUCCUUGAGGGACAAAUACCCCAAAUCCAUUUUCCUUGGAAGAAUAGUGUAAAUGUUGUUACAUAUGGGCACAAAAUUUAGAUUAGAGAUAUUGUAAAGAUUUUGUUCAUUUCAAAAAUAUUUUUUUAUUGUUGAGUAAAAUUUAUAUGACCACCAUGUGGCUUUUCAACAUGUACACUUGUAGGAUUUAAAACUGGAGUAUAUCUGAUGUUACAUGGAAAAAAAUAAUGAAUAAAUAAGCAGAGUAACAAACAACAAAAUAGUGUUACUCUGCAGUGUUAGUA